CCCCCCCGCGCCUGCGCAGGCGCGGAGGGGACGGGUCGGACGCAGAAAUGGCGACCUCCAUAUUCUGCAGCCGGCUCUUGGCCGCCGCGACCCUACGGAGCCGCCCGCCCCGGAGGGCGCUGGGGGCCGCCGCCCAGGUUCUGGGGAGCUCCGGACUGUUUAACAACCAUGGACUCCAAGUGCAGCAGCAGCAGCAAAGGAGCCUCUCUCUGCACGAGUACAUGAGCAUGCAGCUGUUGCAGGACGCCGGGGUCGCCAUUCCCAAGGGACAAGUGGCCAAGUCACCGGACGAAGUUUAUGCCAUCGCCAAAAAAUUAGGCUCCAAAGACGUGGUGAUAAAGGCGCAGGUGCUGGCUGGCGGCAGAGGGAAAGGAACAUUUGAAGGUGGCCUCAAAGGAGGAGUGAAGAUAGUCUUCUCUCCAGAAGAAGCAAAAGCGGUUUCCUCACAAAUGAUUGGUAAAAAGUUGUUUACCAAACAAACAGGAGAAAAGGGCAGAAUUUGCAAUCAAGUAUUGGUUUGUGAGCGAAGAUAUCCCAGGAGAGAAUACUACUUUGCCAUAACAAUGGAAAGGUCAUUUCAAGGUCCUGUACUAAUAGGAAGUUCUCAGGGAGGUGUCAACAUCGAAGAAGUCGCCGCAGAGAACCCUGACUCCAUAGUGAAGGAACCUAUUGAUAUCGUAGAAGGCAUCAAAAAGGAGCAAGCCGUCCGGCUGGCGCAGAAGAUGGGGUUCCCGCACAACAUCGUGGAUUCUGCGGCGGAAAACAUGGUCAGGCUCUACAACCUGUUCCUGAAGUACGACGCGACUAUGGUGGAGAUCAACCCGAUGGUGGAGGACUCCGACGGGGCCGUGCUCUGCAUGGAUGCAAAGAUCAACUUUGAUUCUAAUUCCGCUUACCGCCAGAAGGAAAUCUUUGCUCUCCAGGACUGGACCCAGGAAGACGAGAGGGACAGAGCCGCGGCGAAGGCGGAUAUCAACUACAUCGGCCUCGACGGGAACAUAGGCUGUCUCGUGAACGGCGCCGGUCUGGCCAUGGCCACGAUGGACAUCAUAAAGCUCCACGGAGGGACGCCGGCCAACUUCCUGGAUGUCGGCGGCGGCGCGACGGUCCAUCAAGUAACGGAAGCGUUUAAGCUCAUCACUUCCGAUAAAAAGGUGCUGGCCAUCCUGGUGAACAUCUUCGGCGGCAUCAUGCGGUGUGACGUCAUCGCGCAGGGCAUCGUCAUGGCCGUGAAGGACUUGGAGAUCCGCAUCCCCAUCGUGGUGCGGCUGCAGGGUACACGCGUGGAUGACGCCAAGGCACUGAUCGCGGACAGUGGGCUGAAAAUUCUCGCCUGCGACGACCUGGACGAAGCUGCUAAAAUGGUUGUAAAGCUCUCUGAAAUAGUGACCUUAGCCAAACAAGCCCAGGUGGAUGUGAAGUUUCAGCUGCCGAUCUGAUCUGACCACACAGUGGACGGCUACCGUGGACAGCGGAAGGUUCCAGCCGGGCUUCAUCGUUAAAAAUACUGUGUUCUGUUCUUGUUUCUUUUCUGUUCAGUGUGUGGAAAUUAUAGCGCCAUCUAGGC